AAUAUAGGCAUUUGGGAAACCUCGUACGUAUUGAAGUCGUGAUGUGUGAUUGUGGCUAGAAAAUUCAGAAGCAUUUUGUGUGUAGGUCUCUAAGAAACAAGGUAUGGCUUUGGUGAAAAGGAGCUGUUGGGUCCAUAAAGGGCGUAGAAGGAACAGAAUUUAAGGCACUACCAGUAGAAAGACGCUGUUGCAAGUGUGUUUGACGCCCGGUCUUACCAAACGUGCGCUUUCCUGUUACCUUCCGGGCGAGGCUGAACCUCUUCAGUCCCCGUAGGCGGAGCACCGAAGUGCCGUUCAAGAUGGAAGUGAAUCCCCCCAAACAGGAGCACCUGCUGGCGCUGAAAGUGAUGCGGUUGACUAAGCCUACUUUAUUUACCAAUAUUCCAGUAACGUGUGAAGAGAAGGACUUACCUGGAGAUCUCUUUAAUCAGCUCAUGAAGGAUGAUCCUUCAACUGUAAAUGGUGCAGAAAUUUUAAUGUUGGGAGAAAUGUUGACUUUACCACAGAAUUUUGGGAAUAUAUUUUUGGGCGAGACCUUUUCCAGUUAUAUCAGUGUUCAUAAUGAUAGCAGUCAAGUUGUAAAAGAUAUAUUGGUAAAAGCUGAUCUUCAGACAAGUUCUCAGCGUUUAAAUCUUUCAGCCUCCAGUGGUGCAGUGGCUGAACUAAAACCUGAUUGCUGUAUUGAUGACGUCAUACACCAUGAAGUAAAGGAAAUUGGAACACACAUCUUGGUGUGUGCAGUGAGUUAUGCAACUCAGAGUGGAGAAAAAAUGUAUUUUAGAAAAUUCUUCAAAUUUCAGGUUCUCAAACCACUGGAUGUGAAAACCAAAUUUUACAAUGCAGAGAGUGACCUCAGUUCUGUGACUGAUGAAGUAUUUCUCGAAGCCCAGAUUCAGAAUAUUACAAACUCACCUAUGUUUAUGGAGAAGGUUUCACUGGAGCCAUCUAUAAUGUACAAUGUAGCAGAAUUAAAUUCUGUCAACCAAGCUGGAGAAUGUAUAUCUACGUUUGGUUCAAGAGCAUAUUUGCAGCCAAUGGAUACACGCCAAUACUUAUACUGCCUUAAGCCCAAGAAGGAGUUUGCAGAAAAAGCAGGCAUCAUUAAGGGAGUAACAGUAAUCGGAAAAUUGGAUAUAGUGUGGAAAACAAAUCUAGGUGAAAGGGGAAGGUUACAGACCAGCCAACUUCAGAGAAUGGCUCCAGGUUAUGGAGAUGUUAGGUUGUCUUUGGAGGCAGUUCCAGACACUGUAAACCUAGAAGAACCUUUUCAUAUAACCUGUAAAAUAACAAACUGCAGCAGUGAAAGGACUAUGGAUCUGGUUUUAGAAAUGUGCAAUACCAAUUCUAUCCACUGGUGUGGCAUUUCAGGAAGACAGCUUGGAAAGCUACAUCCAAGUUCCUCUCUCUGCCUUGCCCUUACUCUACUGUCUUCAGUACAGGGACUGCAAAGCGUCUCCGGCUUAAGACUAACAGACACAUUCUUAAAGAGAACAUAUGAAUAUGAUGACAUCGCACAAGUCUGUGUGGUAUCUUCGGCCAUCAAAAUGGAAAACUGAAGAAAAUUUCUCAUGUUAUGCUUUUCAUUUAGUUUCACAGAACUGCUUUCUGUAUUUUUGUCAGCUUUGUAAAAUCAUCAGUUUAACAACAAAAAUGAGUAUGUAUUAUUUAAAUUUCUUUCCUGUAUAACUGGAGUUGUUUAAAAUAUUAAAUAUUUGUUUUGAAAAGAACCAUCUGAUUUUAUCUUGAGUUAUAAGUGAACAAUUGUACAUUUUCUACACGAUAUUUCAUUUUCAGUGAUCAUUGGACUUUGUUAUCCAAAUGUACUGUUUGAGAACAUCUGUUCCUAGCAAGCCUCUAGAACAGGGGUCAGCAAGCUUUUGUCUGUCAAGGGGCAGAUAGCAAAUAUUUUAGAUUUUGUAGGCAAUGUAGUUUCUGUCACAGCUACUCAGCUCUGCCAUUAUACUGUGAAAGCAGGUAUGGACAAUUGUAAAAAAGAGUGCGGCUAUAUUUACAGAAGAGGUAGCAGGAUGGAUUAGGCCAUAGUUUGUUGACUCUGAUCUAGAAGAUUUUUAUUUCUUACAAGUUUGGAAUUCUCUUAAUAUUUUAUCAGAAAUAGUUCAGUUACCAUAUUUCUACGCAGAUAAUGCAUGCCUUUUACAUUUGUCUGCUGACUGCACCCUCCCUCCUUGAGGUAUUUUUGUAAGCAUGCUAUUCUGGUUUUUUACAGCAACAUGUU